AUGAUUCGACACUAUAUAUUCUUGUGCGUCCUGACAAGUUGCGCCGUUACUAUUGGCCCGGUUGCUGACCUAGUCAUUGUAAAUGCUCAAGUGUCUCCCGACGGAUUUGUCAAGUCGGCGGUUCUUGCUGGUGACACACUCCCCGGGCCUAUUAUCACGGGUCAGAAAGGCGACACGUUCAAAAUUAACGUCACCAAUCAUUUAAAUGACGAAACAAUGCUCACAGGUACCAGCAUCCACUGGCAUGGACUAUUCCAGCGCCAUAGCAAUCAAAUGGAUGGCACGGCAUUUGUGACGCAAUGCCCGAUCUCUCCUGGUCAUUCUUUUCUGUACGAGUUCAAUACCGGCGAUCAAGUAGGAACCUACUGGUACCACUCUCAUUAUGGAGUUCGUUACUGUGACGGUUUACGAGGUGCACUAAUCAUCUAUGACCCACACGAUCCAUACCGCUUCUUGUACGAUAUUGACAAUGUCCAGAGACAGGCGGUCCCAGACUCUGUGCUUAUCAACGGUAUCGGGAAUUAUCCAGGCGGACCAGAUACGUCUUACGCCGUCAUUCACGUUCAGCCAUACAAGCGAUAUCGAUUCCGCUUACUAAACAUGGCGUGCAAGCCCAACUAUAUUUUCUCCAUCGAUCACCAUAAGCUUAUCAUAAUCGAAGCUGAUGGUCAAUACGUCGAAUCGCUCGUGGUCGACUCUAUCCAGAUCUACGCCGCGCAGAGGUACCCCUUCAUUCUUGAAACAAGCCGGCCUGUCGACAACUAUUGGGUGCAUGCAGUCCCCAACUUAGGCUCUCCCGAUGUGAACCCCAAGAUCAGGAUAACUCCAAACCCAGUCGCUCUACAGGAGACUGACCUACACCCAUCGUAUCCACCUCUGCCAAUAUUGCUUCAGGAAGAUGGCGCAGACGUCAAGCUCAACAUUGUUCUUGGAAAAAAUGCGACCAGUUUCAACUUUCUCAUCAACGGCGUGCAGUACACUUCUCCUAGUAUCCCUAUCCUACUGCAGUUGCUGAACGGUGAUAUAUCGGCUUCGGAAAUGGCACCCAAUGACUCCAUAUAUUCUCUACCAAGGAAUAAGCACAAAUUCGCUGUCAUCAGAAGUGCUGGCAGUAGCAGAUACAACUACGUCAACCCCGUGUUGCGCGAUACCGUGAACACUGGUUUUCUUGGUGACUACGUGACUAUCCGCUUCAUCACCGAUAAUCCUGGGCCGUGGUUGUUGCACUGCGGGAUGGCUUUGGUAUUUGCAGAGGCUUCUCAUGAUGUAGCGGCUUCGCAACCUCUCAGCAAUUCUUCGAAACAACUCUGUCCGAUAUAUGAUAGCCUUCCUCAACAAAAUUUCUCUCUGCCACCUCCAAACUGA